AUGCCUAAAGACAAAGAUUACUUAAUUGUUCGCUCGAAGAACGCCAAGGGCUAUGACUACUCCACAAGUGUGGUCCUUCCCGAACAGCCGGUGCUCCCGGCGUACGUGUCGGACAAAAUGCUGGACCACGCAGAUUACCAGCAGUUGUUUGAGGACGUGGAGGGCGAAAAAAAGAUCUCAAGCAUGGGGGUGUUGCUUGGCGGUCGUAGCUUUAAGUUCAACUCGUUCCAGUUGCCGUCGUACAUGUCGCGGACGAAAGGUACGAGAGACGACUCCAAGAUGUUCCUUCUCGCGAGUGACUUGGCGCCAAUUCUCAACUACCGUGACGCGCACCACUUGUUCAAAAAGAACAAGCAGUUGAACAAGAUCUUGACCGAGGCGCGUGACAACGAUUUUUUGUUGCGUGAGAAGCUCAUAUCGCCAAAAAUUGUUGGCAAGCGCUUGAGCGCAGUGACUGCGCGCUCCGUUUACUUGGUGUUUGGCGCGCGCGUCAUCAUCGACGGGGUGCGCAUCCGUGACGACUACUGGGAGUCCGAGUUUAAGAAGCAGGGGUUCACCGAAAAGAGCCCGGUGGACACACGCAAAACGGCGGACGAAAUCGCACACAGUGUAUUGCAGAAGGCGCUUCAGGCCGCUAAUGCGAAGUCCGCAAGCAUUGGGAAUACACCGACGCAGAGUGCGGCAAAUCCCGGCUCGAACCUCCACAACAAUCAGUCGUUCCAGCUACAGAACGGUGAGUUGUCCUUAGCACAGUUGUUUCCCUUGGCUGAAAACCCGAAAUUUGUCAACUUACAGCCGGAUGAGCGCGCUCAGUACUUGGAGACCCAGCAGCACACACUUGUUUACCCCGGACAGGGCUUCAUCAACAGCUUUGAGGUUAACUCAUUGUUGAAGGUGCCACAGUACAUGGCUGAUUCCAGCGCUAAGGACGUGAAGAAGAACAGCACCAUGGGGCUUAGUUCAGCCGCGCUCUCCGCGGCAUCAAACGUGUUCCUGGCGAUUUCAAACGAGUUUGUCAAGAUUCCCGUUUCGGAGAAAUACGCAUCCAAGGGUUACGCCGAAAAAGUGGAGACAGCGCACUACGAACGUCCGCGGUAUGCGGUUAACGGGUUGCCUUACUUCAAUCCGGCGAUUAAGACGUACGUGAAGGCCAUUCCCGAGGAGAAGCUCGCGGUGAUCGAGUUGCAGCACUCCACGUUACACUUGAACAAGUUGAUGCAGUACAACCGCAGGUUGCGCAACAAGUCGUGGCACAAGUACUAUCGUCAGAAGGCUGGCUCGGCUGAGGUGAAACAGGAUGAGUUCCUGGAGGCGCGUUACGAGGGAGAAACCACCGUGGAAGUGGUCAAGACGCAGAAGCGGAUGAACGGUAAUGCCUUGGGCCGGUGUAACAUCAAGCGGGUCAGGCCAAUUUACGAGCCGGAACCGGAGAGAGUGCGUGUGACGGCACCAGUUAUGCCUCAGAACGGGUUCCCUCUCCGUCAUCCCCAUGCUGGGGUGCAGUUUCCCGGACACGGCCAUCCCCACGGUCAUCCGGGACAGAAUGGCCACCCGGGACCGACUGGGCAUCCAGGACCGCAUGGGCAUCCGAAUGCCGUCUAUCGCUAA